AUGGACGAACGUGACAUCGAACAGAGGGCCAAGGAGGCAGAAGCACGCGAGUGCGCAGAGCGAGGCGCUCGCGUGCAUGCCUUUCUCGAAGCCCAGUCGUCCAUCAUGCGCAUGAUGGACGAGCUCGAAGCGAAAGUGAAGCAGAACGCGACCUUCUGCGCCCUGGUGAACGGAGCUCUGUGUCUACACGAGGAGCAGGACGAAGACGCUGAAGCGCAUGCACGCCGGGCCUUGGAGAUCGCUGAAGCGAUGCAGAGGAGAUCGUGGAUCGUUCUAUGCCGCUACUGGCUGGGGCGGAUCGAGUAUCAGCGGGGCAACACUGCCGACGCGUACGAGCAUUUCGUCUACGUGAACCACUGGAUCAAGGAUUCCCCUGAGGCGGAAGAUCUGCCGUUUUAUCUCGACCAUUGUGACCCCUUGGGGCCCCAGACGGAGUCGCAGGCGCUGCCGUGGCCACUGCAGCAGGGGGAUGGUCCGGCUCUCUGCAAGAAAUGCCAGCAACCCAUGGACGAGGGGGACAGUCCGGAUGAUAGCCAGAAGUUACUUGACGGCCAUGAUGGCCCUCGACCCGCCAAGCGGACGCUGGGACCCUCCCUAGAGGAUGAUACUACCGUGCUCAUCUCCCAGCCCCGGCGUGAUGGGACAUCGCCUGCUCGAGCCAAGCCCUGGGUCGUCCAAGAUCGCGAAGACCAGCACCUGCACCCCGGCGAUGAAGAGCCGGUAGUCAUCCGUAGACCCGGUCGGAAACACCGGCCCGACUUGGAACUCAGCUGGAGUAUGGGGUCCACGCCCUCUCCACACCGAUUGGAACAGGCGCCCUUCACCUUCCGGAUGUACCCCACGGGCGUCGCGGCCCGGACCCGCCCGACGAAGGUCUUCAAAGAGCACCCGAAUGAGGUCCUCAUGCCGGCCAAGGAGUGGGAGACAAUCCGCAAGGACGCAAAGGAUAAAUGGGUCACAAUGAGUCUUUUGGCUCACGAGAGGGACCAUAUCCAGCAGAAGAUCUUGGAGAAGAAAACCUCGUAG